AUGAAUGAUCGAAUUCCAAAAAAAAAAAAUAACAUAUCUGAAAGGGUGAAGGAGACAAAGGAAGAGAGGGUUUUAAAACGAUUUGAAGAAAAUAAAAUAAAAUGGGAAAAGAAAAGCAAAACCCUUAUGAAAAAAACGAACAAAAAAGAUACCCUAGCAGAUCAGGGAGAAAAAUACAGAGAAAAAAAUGAGUUAAAUACAUUAUUGGAAUAUUUAAAAAAAGAAGAUGAGAAAAAAGUUCAGUGGACAAAAAAUUUAAGAAUGGAACCUGAAAAAAUAAAAUUCAAAACAACAACGAAAAAACUAAAUAUAUACAAUAAUAUAUCAAAAGAAAAUAAAAAAAAUAUAUUUGAUAAAAUUUUUGAAAACAAAUAUCAAAAUGAAGAUAAAGAAAAAAAUAGUGAAGAUUAUGUUUAUGUAAAAAAUAGAGAUGCAAAGAAAGAAGAAUAUCAAGAAACUGUUGUUAAUAAAAUAAAAAAUAAUUUAGAAUUUUUUUUGUCAAAUUUUGCUAUUCCAUUAUCGGAUGAUUUAUAUGUCCAAGGAAACCCAAUUGAAUGUGAAAAUGAAUCGAAUUGUGAAAAUGAGUCGGAUAAACUUUCAAGCGAAGAGGUGAACUGUUUAGAUGUGUUAGAAAAAGAAAAGAACCCGUUGGAUAAAAAUAAAUCACAACAAGCUUACUCAAAACAAGAAAAUAUAAAUAACACAAUACAUUAUGAUGAAAUGCUAAAAGUAAAUUGUUCAUAUAUAAAUAUAGAAAAUAAUGUAACAAAUAUAGUAAACAAAUUUAUAUUUCUACAAAAUAUAACAUCAUCAACAAUCAUAUAUAUAAUAUAUUUAAAAAAUAAAAUGAAAAUAAAAAAUGAUGUAUUAUAUUUUGAUAAAAAAAGAAAUUAUAAUCUUUUUAUUUAUCCAAAAACAGGAUAUAUAAAACCUGGAGAAACAAUAAAAAUUAACUUGAAUUUUAUUUUUGAUUCUUUUGCUUAUUCUUUUGGUUUUAUUCAAAUUAAAUAUUUUUAUAAAAAUAAAAUAUUUAAAAAAAAAAUUUAUGUAUCUAUAAACCCAUUUUCUGAUAUAUUAGACACCUUUACGAAGGUUGGAAAAAUAACAGAUAAUGACAAAAAAAAAACAAAAAAAUUAAUAAAAAAAUUAAAAAAAAAAUAUAGCAAUUUUAGAAUACCAAAUAUAGAUUCGGUUACACAAAAUAAGACAUAUUUUCCAAAUCAACAGAAAUUAGAAAAUAUGAUAAAAUGUAUAUAUUUUGAUUACAAUAUAAAUAUAAACAAUUUUGAAAGCAUUUUGAAAAAAAGAAAAGAAAGCUUGGAAAAUAUACCCAAAAUAAUACCCAAAAUAAUACCCAAAAUAAUACCCAAAAUAAUACCCAAAAUAAUAACAAAAUAUCAAGAUGAUACAAACGAAUCUAAUAUCACAUGUGAUGAAAUAGUUAGUAACAAUAUUUACCAAUUAAAUUUAAAAAAUAAUAUGAACUUUUUUUUUUAUUAUAUAAAGAAUAAAAUAUUACAACAUAUCAAAGAGUCAUGCAAUAAUAAUAAUAUUCCACUUCUUAAUUAUAAUGCAAAUGAUUAUGUUAAUUUAGAAUCAAAAAUAUUUAAUUAUAAGUUGGAAAUAAUUUUAAAUGAAAUAAAUCAAAUAGAAAAAGUUGAGGCUAAUAAUGAAAUAUUAUAUGAACCCCUUUACAAUUAUAUUUAUUAUCUAAUUUAUUUUUAUAAAACUAGAGAAUGUAUAAAUAAAAAUACAGAUGUUGAAACUAUUUUCACAAAUAAAUGUGAUGAUGUAAAUUUGAAACAUUUUACUAAAACAUCAAAACUUCAAGAUGCAAAAUUGUCAAGAAAUAUCAAAACAAACAUGUUCAAAAGGGAGGAAAAAAAAAAAAGCGAAAUGAAAGAAGCGAGCGAAAUGAACGAAGCGAGCGAAAUAAACGGAGUGGCCGAAACAAAGAGAACCGAACGGGACACUCUCAAUAAGACAUUUGAAUCCAUUUUAUUAUAUGAUCGUAGAGAAAAAUAUUUUAGAUGUUUUAUGAAUCAUAUAUAUCUUCAAAACAAGUUAAACAAUUCAUACAUUUAUUAUUUUUAUAACUAUUUUAAAAUAAUUAAAUUUAUUAAUCAUUAUUUUAUAUUAGAUAAAAAUUCAGUUGAUUCUAAAUUGUUAAAACAAAAUGUCUUUAUAUAUAUGAAUUCAAAUUUAUACAAUAUAAUUUUUUUAUAUGUUUUAGAAAAAUUGGGUUCAGAUUUUUUUUCUGAAAAUUAUUCUAACAUUUUAAAUGAUUCUAAUUUAUUUUAUGAAUCUAAAAUAAAAGAUAUUAUAAAUAAAUUAACAGAAUUAUUUUGGGAUUAUUUUUUAUCAGUUAUAUUAAGUGUAAAAGAUGGGACAAAAAAUAUCUAUGCAUAUUUUGGAGACAUAAAAAAAAAUGAAGGGAAAGAAAAUCUUUUCAAUUUGUUUCUAAUAUUAUAUUUAAAAGGGUUUGUUUCUAAAAUAUCAAGAACACAUUACAAUAUUCAAAUUUUGGAAAAUAAAGGUGACAUUAUUAAAUAUGUUGAUAAUACCUUUAUAGAAGCAGAUGCGUGUCGAGAUAAGUGUAAGAAUGAUGACGAAAAAGAUGGAAAAAAUGAAAAAGAUGAAAAAAAUGAAAAAGAUUAUGAACAAAAUUAUGAACAAAAUUAUGAAAAAAAUGAUAAACAUGGUGAAAAGAUGAAUAGCGACAUUGCCUAUACAAAUUUGGAUCUAUUCUUUAAAAAUAAUAAAAUAUAUGACGAAAUUUGUAAUUCUAUUUGUGAAUAUAAAAAUAAUAUCGAUUCUGACCAUUUAGAAAAUAACCAAAAUAUGCUUAAAGGAAACAUAAUUUUUAUAAAAGAUCAAAUAACGUUUUCACAAAUUAUUUAUGAAGCAAAUAAAAAUAAAAUACAAAUAAAUAUAGACCAUAAUUUAGAAAAGUUGAAAGAAGCUAAACAGAAUCGACAGGCCAAACAGGCUGAACAAGACAAACAGUCUGAACAAGCCAAACAGAAUGAGCAAGCCAAGCAGAAUGAGCAAGCCAAGCAGAAUGAGCAAGCCAAGCAAGCUGAACAAGCCAAACAAAAUGAGCAUGGUAAAAUAAAAAAAAGUAAAAAAAAUAAAAACCGUGAAAAAAAAAAAACACACACCCUACAUAAAGAAGACAAACAUAAAGAAGGCAAACCUGAAGAAGCUAAACCAAACGAUAUUGAAUUAAAUUAUACAAAUUUUCAUUUUUUUAAAAUGUUUGAAAAUUUGAAUAUUGAUACAUGUAUAAUAGAUGAUAAAAAAAUAUUAAAAAAAUCAGAAAUAGAAUAUAACCACUUUUAUUCAAAUAUCUUUACAUGGUUAAAAUAUAAAAUUCCAGAAAAUGUGAAAAUAAAUUGGGGAUAUAUAAUAAAAAAAGAAAUGUAUAUUCUUCUAUAUAUAUUAAAUAUAAUAUCGAUUGAACAUAUAAAUUUUUUAUUUAACCAUUUUAAAAAUUCAAAUAUAUUAUUGUAUAUUGAAUAUUUAAAAAGCAAUGCAAAUCAUUUCUUAGAUGUGUUUAAAAAUGUUUUACAGUUUUUUUCUAUGGAAAAUUAUUUAUCGAAAUUUAUUUUUGAACAUAAUAUUCCAUUAUCUAUGCAUUAUGAGAAUUUGGUAAUAAAUAAGAUGGAAUUUGAAAAAGAGAAAAAAAAUGAAACUUUAAAUUUUUCAGAAGAUAUUUAUAAAAAAAUAAGAGAAGAUUGGGAAAUAAAUAAAAUAAAAAACGAAGCGAACAAAACGAAUGAAGCGAACGAAGCGAAUAUAGAUGCAAAAUACAUAUGUAUUAUAUCACCAAAUAUAAAAAAUAAAAUUCUAAAUUUUACAAAUUUGAAUGAAAUAUUAGAAUGGGUCAAAUUGUUAAAUAUAAUUAUUUUCUUAAACAUUUCAGAUGUAUAUAUUUCAGGGGAUCUAUUUCUACUCUUUUUAUUUUUUAUAUAUGAUUCAAAUAUUUUAAAAGGACAAAUUUGCAAAUCUAAUAAUGACAUCCCAACUCUUUUUAUAUCUCCAAAUGGUUCUACUCACACAUGUCAAAAUCAAAGUGGAGCCGAAAAUGGAGCCGAAAAUGGAACCGAAAAUGAAAUAAAAAAUGGGGUGGAAAAUGGAACAGAUGGUGGGGUGGAAAAUGGCUACUUCAAGAUAAUUGAUACCUGUAACAUUCCUGAAAAUAUUUUAUUUUUACUAAAAUUUUGUAUAUUUAACAUAAUAACACAAUAUGAAAAAUAUAAGAUAAAGAUACAUUUUCCACAUGAUAUUUAUGUAAAUUAUAAUUCUGAUACUUGCCAAAAUAACAACUCUACAAUUUAUUGUCUACUUCCAUAUAGCAACUAUAGUAUAAUGAUACAAUAUGCAAAAGAUAUAUUUAUAAAAAAAUAUAAUGAAGAUAUUAACAAAACUAUGCAAAAAAAACUAAAAGAUCAUUUGAAAAAUAUUAUAAUUAAUUCGGAUAGUAAUCAAAAUCUACUAAAUGAUAUUUUUAAUGAUUCAAAUAAAUUAUUAAAAUGUAAAAAUGGCCGAAAUUGCCGAAAUUGCCGAAAUUGCCAAAAUUGCCAAAAUUGCCAAAAUGAUGAUUCAACAAAAUUGAUAGAGAAACCAAAACUGUUUACAUCUAUUUUAAACAUAGGUAGCAUUUCAAUUAAUAACAUUUUAAAAAAUAUAAAUAAACAAAAUAAAAUAUUAUGGUUGUGUGGAUCAUUUGAAAAAAAUAUAAAUGAUGAUAAUACAAAUAGUAUGAAAAUAUUUAACCAUAUUUUAAAUAUAUUAAAAAAUGAACAAACUAAUUUUAUUAAUAUUCAAAAAGAUAUCCCUUUUGAAUUUUAUGCUAAUAAUUUAUUAAUUUUAAAUAAAAAAAUAUAUUACUUAUAUAUAUAUCAUGUCCCAAAAGAAUUGCGUCUAAAUUUUGUUUUUAAUAAUUAUCAUAUUUUAACAAACAUUUUUGAUAAUUAUUCUUAUUUCAUUUCUCAAAAAUGUGAAUAA